GCCAAUUUGCACGAGCGAAGAAAAUCUGGUUAACGGUUCUUGCCGACGGCACAUAACGGUAGCUGAUGUGGGUGUAAUCGGAAGAGUAUGCACCGAAUAUGAUGUCAGCCAGCAGAAUUUUGUUUCUUUUCUUCGAUUUGUGUCAGCUUUGUCUGAGCAAUGACAACAAAUAAUUAUAUUGCCAUAAACUGCCAGGGCAAUGCUGGCAAUCUAUGCAAUUAACAAAUAAAACAUAUUUCAAUCAAAUUCUAGCGCAAACAAACUAUUAAUUUAAACAAAAACCAGGCCUAGCAACGCCCAAUCGAAAAGAUCGACAAAAAACACUGAGAAAAACACUCAGAAACCAAAAACCCAGUGCUGAGUAUGGAGAUUUUAGGCAAAAUGCGUGCAAUUAUUCAACGCAUGACAGCCAAAUUAAUUGGCUAAAGAGAGCGAGAGCAAACACAGCUCGCGGGGCAACAAGUAUCAAAAUAUAUAGCUAUCUGGCGAGCCGGUUAACGCCAGCAAGUGCAUCGGAAAAGCCACUUGACCGCUUUUCCAAGCGAUCCGAAAACUCCACUCACAAUCGCCAUUGACAUCGCGAUGAUUUAUGCAGACAUUUCUUGCAGUUUGUAUGGAAUAUUCUACGGCAUUGGCAAAUAAUUGACAUCAGAGUGUGCCACAUACACUCAUGUUUGGUAUGUAAACCACGGAUCGUGUAAACCAUAGUGUAAACAGCGAUAUUGCACACCACGAUUCGACUAUUCGGGGCACAUUUUGACACUGACCCCCGAAACGGAGUGGUUCUGGAUGGAGACAGCCUACGGGUGCCGGGGCCCACGAGACGCGCAGGGUUCAACUGGAGCGACGGCAUCGGCAACGGCAACGGCAUCGGCAUCGGCAUCGAUAUUGGUAUCGGCAUCGGUAUUGCAAUUGGCACGGGCAUCAUCAGCGGCAUCGGCCAGCGGUCGCCAGGCACAACCGCAGCGUCAGCAACAACAGCCACAUCAACAACAUGGCCAUUAAGCAACAGCACCCAGCGAGCUGUAAUUCAUGGUUGCAACUACCCAACGAACUGCUGAAAUUGGUGGUGAACACGGAUACACACCCAUCUCAAAAGUACCGCCAUGAAUGAUUCAGAGUGCGACGAUCUCAUCAAAUCUGUGAAAUGGACGGAACCAGCCAAUCUGAUCUCCCUGGCCGUGCUCGAGUUUAUCAACGUUCUGGUCAUCGGUGGCAACUGCCUUGUGAUUGCCGCCGUCUUCUGUUCGAACAAGUUACGCAGUGUGACGAAUUUCUUUAUCGUUAACCUGGCCGUUGCCGAUCUUCUCGUGGGUCUCGCGGUGCUACCCUUCUCGGCCACCUGGGAGGUCUUUAAGGUUUGGAUAUUCGGCGAUCUCUGGUGCCGCAUUUGGCUGGCCGUCGAUGUCUGGAUGUGCACGGCAUCGAUCCUGAAUCUGUGUGCCAUAUCCCUGGAUCGCUAUGUGGCGGUCACGCGACCCGUCACCUACCCCAGCAUAAUGUCCACGAAGAAGGCCAAGUCCUUAAUCGCCGGCAUUUGGGUACUCUCAUUUGUUAUUUGCUUUCCGCCGCUAGUCGGCUGGAAGGAUCAGAAGGCGGUCAUACAUCCGACCUAUCCAAAGGGAAACCAUACGCUUUACUACACCACCACGAUGUCAAGCUCGGAGGAUGGUCAACUAGGCUUAGAUAGCAUUAAGGAGCAGGAGGACAGGCAUGUCGCCAAUGGCAAUGGCAACGCCUACAACCCCUACGAUCCCGAUUUCGCCCCAAUCGAUGGAUCCGCGGAGAUUCGCAUUGCGGCCAUGGGCUCGAGCAGCACGAGCACCACCACAGCAGCCAGUUCGAGCAGCACGGAAACGGAAAUGGACCUCGAUCUGCUGAACGCCCCGCCGCAGAACAGAGUGCAGACCACUUCCGGCAGCUGCCCCUGGAAGUGCGAGCUGACCAACGACCGGGGGUACGUCCUGUACUCCGCCCUGGGCUCCUUCUACAUACCCAUGUUCGUGAUGCUCUUCUUCUACUGGCGCAUCUACCGGGCCGCCGUCCGCACCACGCGGGCCAUCAAUCAGGGCUUCAAGACCACCAAGGGUUCCAAGGGCAUCGGCUCGCGCUUCGAGGAGCAGCGUCUGACACUGAGGAUCCACCGCGGCCGGGGCUCCAACCAGCAGGACUCGAUGCACAGCAACGGCAGCACCCAGAGCACCACCACCACCCUGGGCACCCCCUCGCCGGAGCGUCUGUCGAAGUACGCCACGCGGAGAAUGCACCACCACCACGACAAGAUCAAGAUCUCGGUGUCCUAUCCCUCCAGCGAGAACAUCAGCGAGCUGGCCGGGCACGGCCACGGGCACGGAGACGGCGGUCACGAGCGCAGGCCCUCGGGCAACGCCCUGUUCGCCGUGCACUACAACGGCUCGAAUGGCCGCGAGUCUACCGAGUCGCACCUCUACAGGCAGCAGCAGCAGCACGGCGGCGCCAGCUCCUGCUACCUGCAGGUGGGCAAGGGUCUGCCGGAGCUGGCCAGGCGGCAGAGCAACACCAGCGAGGCGGGGCAUUCGCGGCCGGCCAACAAGAAGAUGGGCAGGCGUAACAUCAAGGCGCAGGUCAAGCGAUUCCGCAUGGAGACGAAGGCGGCCAAGACGCUGGCAAUCAUCGUGGGCAUGUUCAUCUUCUGCUGGUGCCCCUUCUUCACCAUGUACAUCAUCCGGCCGUUCUGCCAGGACUGCGUCGACCCGUUGCUCUUCUCGGUGCUCUUCUGGCUGGGCUACUGCAACUCGGCCGUCAACCCCAUGAUCUAUGCCCUGUUCUCCAAGGACUUCCGAUUCGCCUUCAAGCGCAUCAUCUGUCGCUGCUUCUGCGCCCGUCAGUCCGUCUCGCUGAAGAGCUCCCGCCGCGGGUCCGACAUGUCGGCCAUUCGCAUCCGCGCCCGCACGCCCAGCAUCACACCGAGUGCGGCGGCCCACAGCUUCGGGGACGAGAGCGAGCUGCACCACUCCGAGAUGGACAACGACCCCAGGUGACGAUCGUUUGGGCCCAGCUCGAGCUCGCAGAGCAGCUUGGGCGGGUUGCGCAAGACGAGCCUCAAGGUGCCCGUCUACGAGAUUUGCCAUCCGCUGGUCAUGGAGACGGCCUGCUACUCCUACGUGGAGGCCCCCCACGAGGGUGUGCCAGGGGGCGGGGGCGGAAGCGGGAGCGGGGGCGGGGGCGGGGCCAAGCGGAAGCAGUUGUAGCCGCGGGAGCUGAUGGCGCUGCGCGGAACGGGAUCGGGGGCGAUUCCCUUGCCGGGUCAGCGGCCGAGACGAGUGGUUCGCAUCGAGUACAGCGAUGCCAGGGUCUAGGAUUCACUGGCUGAGACAGCUACACUGAGGAAGAAUGUAUUUAAGGGUUCAAGGUGGACGGCACAGUAAAGACUGCCUGAUCCAGAAGUAGAAAAACAUUUAAAAGAUUCUCAAUAUCCAAAGAAAUUACCUUAUUUGAAAGCAAACACACAUUACACAUAAAUGUAAACAGAGAUCAAAUGAUUUAAUUACUUUUCUGAAUUUCCAAAGCAAGUUAACUUAACUUUAAGACUGCUUACACCAGAACAAAAAAAAUUGCCUUGCCUUUUCCACAAUUUCUGAAGCGACUUUUUCCUAAGUGUAGUGCACCGCCGAAUGAAAGCAAAACUGUCGGCCACUGAGGCCACUCUUUGGAUUGAGCAACACCCUUUGUAGGCCAACCAUUGUACAGUGUAUCAUAGACAUUUGGCUGCAGCCUGCAUCGAUUUAUACGCUAGGAUUAGAUGGCCAAAUGGCGACGAGUUGUGUAUAUAUAGUCUAGCUAGGAUACCACUGGCACUUGAGAGUUGUACCUUUUAACUACCGCAUGAAUAUUGAUAUAUCUGGUUGUUAUCAAUUACCAGCAGAAACCAAAUUGUUGCGCAACGCAAAUAAAACAUUACCCAGUGCUAAAAAAAUUCGUAACUACAUAGUAAAGUGUUAAUGUUGUACUCUCGGCUCGAAGAGAAUAUUCUGAGAUAUAUCUGUGUCAUGAAUACAUGUUAAAUGCAAUAAACGAACCCUUGUCUACCAGCCCAAUGUACGCAUAGGGGCAUAUGCAUAUACUAUACCAAUUUACGAUCCUCCAGUUAAACGUUUUGUGUGCUACAAAUAAAGGAAGUUUCAUUUGUUCGGCAACUUAAAAAGCGAGUGUCUUUUCGGUUCUCCUUUGGCUCCUUUGGAUUUCACUCAAGGCAAAAGGGCUUGCCUGGCUAAGCGGACAGCCAUGGUUUUAAUUAAGCGGAAGUACUCGGAACGGGGCACUACAAAGUCGCCCCAAAGGAAGCGGGAGAAGGUGAGUGCGAUACAAGAGUUGCAGCAUAAAGAAAUUGCCGAGCUGCCAGCUACAAAGGCCAAAUUAAAAUCUGGAAUGCCCCAGGCACUUCCGCUAACUGAAUUAAAGGCUGAAGUGGUUGAGGCACAGAACAUAGCUGAAUAGUCAAAUUUAAGUGUGUAUACCAAACACUUUGGCUGAAAAUACAUUCCCUUUGAUUGCUCCCCCACGCGGCCACAUAAAAUAGACAACCAAAAAUGAGUCGGCCCUCUAAUUUAUGCCCAGAGUGGAGAAUCUCACUAACUUAGCAACUUUGCGCCCUCUCCCCGGAAUAUCCAAUUUAUUUGCUUCACUUUCCGCUACAGAAAAGUGUUUUAUUUGAUGGAAAUCAAUUGAUAAAAGGCAUUAACUUGGAGCUAAGGUUUCAGAGUCCCUGUUCUUGGUUGGCCUUCAUAAAACUGGCGGAGCAGAGAAGCCAUCGCGGGCAGAUAAAGUCGACUGUUACCGAACAAACCGAACAACACCCAAAGUUUGGCUAUUAACCUUAACUAGAUAUACAAAGAUCCUUAACAGUUCCGCCCUUGUAGAGAUUCCAUUUGCAGGCUUAAUUAAUCAAAUUGAGUUUAACUUUUGAAGAGAGGGCAAGGUAAAACAAUUUUAACCUGCACCCUGGAAUUCGGCCAAUUGGCCAAAGUUCGCCAUUAAAAAUACAUGUAUACAUGGCUAAUUUGCAUAAAUAUGGCAAAAAGUUAAGGAGCCCAGGAGCAAGGUAGUUGAUAAUUGGGCUAGCAAAUGGUGGAACGAACUGGGUAGGCGGCAUAAAUUACGAAAGUUUUUUACGUAGACCACACACAAACAGAAGACAAACAA